AGAAGAGAACGCCGUUCCAUUGAAUUAUGAAGACAAAACACAGGGGGGCUAGUGCUACAUCACAGAUACUCCUACAAUGCAACAAGUACAAGCCAGCAAGACAAGGUCAGAUCCACAACCAUCAUCUGCUAUUCGUCUCCAUCGUAAAUAAAAUGAAAAACGACCAGAGCGGGCAAAAAGAAAUAUAAGGCGGGUGAGU